AUGGGGAACCGGGGGAUGGAGGACCUGAUUCCGCUGGUGAACCGAAUGCAGGAUGCCUUCUCGGCCAUCGGACAGAACUCCACCCUGGACCUGCCGCAGAUCGCAGUGGUGGGCGGGCAGAGCGCCGGGAAGAGCUCGGUGCUGGAGAACUUCGUCGGGAAGGACUUCCUGCCUCGUGGAUCAGGCAUUGUCACACGUCGCCCCCUGGUGUUGCAGCUCAUUAACUGUCCUGCAGAGUACGCAGAGUUCCUGCACUGUAAAGGCAGAAAGUUUACUGAUUUUGACGAAGUCCGUCUGGAGAUCGAAGCGGAAACGGACCGAGUCACUGGACAAAACAAAGGAAUCAGUCCAGUACCCAUCAAUCUCCGAGUGUAUUCUCCAAAUGUGUUGAACUUGACCCUGGUUGACCUUCCUGGGAUGACGAAGGUGGCGGUUGGGGACCAGCCGGUGGACAUCGAGCACCAGAUCCGGGACAUGCUGAUGCAGUUUGUCACCAAGGAGAACUGCUUGCUGCUGGCGGUGUCGCCAGCAAACUCUGACCUCGCCAACUCCGAUGCCCUCAAGAUUGCCAAAGAGGUUGACCCACAAGGACUGAGGACCAUUGGAGUGAUCACUAAGUUGGAUCUGAUGGAUGAAGGCACAGAUGCCAGAGACAUCUUGGAGAAUAAACUGCUGCCUUUAAGGAGAGGUUAUAUUGGAGUGGUGAAUCGGAGUCAGAAGGACAUCGAUGGCAAGAAAGACAUCGUUGCUGCCCUGCAGGCUGAGAGGAAGUUUUUCCUCUCUCAUCCUUCAUAUCGACAUCUAGCGGAACGUAUGGGUACUGCAUAUCUGCAGAAAAUUCUCAACCAGCAACUGACGAACCACAUCCGGGACACGUUGCCGGGGGUCCGCAGUAAACUGCAGAGUCAGCUGCUCUCCAUAGAGAAGGAGGUGGAGGAAUACAAGAACUUCCGCCCUGACGACCCCAGCCGCAAAACAAAGGCCCUGCUGCAGAUGGUGCAGCAGUUUGCGGUGGACUUUGAGAAGCGCAUUGAGGGGUCAGGUGAUCAGAUUGAAACAUACGAGCUUUCUGGAGGAGCCAAGAUCAACCGAGUCUUCCAUGAACGCUUCCCCUUCGAGCUGGUCAAGCUGGAGUGUGAUGAGAAGACUCUGAGGAAGGAGAUCAGCUACGCUAUAAAGAACAUCCAUGGCAUCCGGACCGGUCUGUUUACUCCUGACAUGGCCUUUGAGACGAUCGUGAAGCGCCAGAUUGCUCAGAUUAAGGAGCCGUGUCAGAAGUGUGUGGACAUGGUCAUCUCUGAGCUGGUCAACACUGUGCGGCAGUGCACGCAGAAGCUGGCCCAGUAUCCCAUGUUGAGGGAGGAGAUGGAGCGGAUCGUCACUCAGCAUAUCAGAGACAGAGAGAGUCGCGCCAAAGACCAGGUGAUGCUGUUGAUUGACAUUGAAUUAGCCUACAUGAACACCAACCAUGAGGAUUUUAUCGGCUUUGCUAAUGCCCAGCAGAAGAGCAGUCAGAUGAGUAAGAAGAAGGCAGCAGGUAAUCAGGACGAGAUUAUGGUCAUCAGGAAGGGAUGGUUGACCAUUAACAACAUUGGUAUCAUGAAGGGUGGAGCCAAAGAAUACUGGUUUGUCCUCACAGCCGAGACCCUGAGCUGGUACAAGGAUGACGAGGAGAAGGAGAAGAAAUACAUGCUUCCAGUGGACAACCUCAAACUGAAAGACAUUGAGAAAAGUUUCAUGUCCAGCAAACAUGUCUUCGCUCUCUUCAACACAGAACACAGGAAUGUGUAUAAAGACUACCGUCAGUUGGAGUUAGCCAGUGAGUCGGUGGAGGAAGUGGACAGCUGGAAAGCUUCUUUCCUCCGAGCAGGAGUUUAUCCUGAACGCAGCGUGGAUAAGGAGAAGGGUGACAGUACAGAGGAGUCCAGCUCAGAUGGUCACAUCCACAGUCUAGAUCCUCAGUUGGAGCGGCAGGUGGAGAUCGUUAGAAACUUAGUGGAUUCUUACAUGUCAAUUAUCCAUCGAACUGUACGUGACCUCAUCCCCAAGACUGUCAUGCACCUCAUGGUCAACAACACAAAGGAGUUCAUUCAUGCUGAAUUGUUGGCUCAACUCUACUCAUGUGGAGACCAGAACAGCCUAAUGGAAGAAUCCCAGGAGCAGGCUCAACAUCGUGAUGAGAUGUUAAGAAUGUACCAUGCCCUGCGUGAAGCUCUAAGCAUCAUUGGUGACAUCAGUACAUCCACCGUAACCACAGCAAUGCCGCCGCCUGUGGAUGACUCCUGGCUGCAGGUGACCGGGAUGCCUUCAGGACGCAGGUCUCCUAUGUCUAGCCCCACACCUCAGCGAAGGGCCCCACCUGGUCCCCCCCGUCCUGGUGGUCGGUCUGCCCCGGGCCCCCCUUCUCGUUCUGCAGUUUCACCUGACCCUGGACCCCCCCCAUCUGUUCCCUCCAGGCCUAACAGAGCUCCCCCAGGGGUCCCCAGUCGGCCCAGCAAGGGCAGCCCUGCCCAUGGAGAGAGUCCCCAGUCUUCUGUGGAGGGCUGAACAGUCUCACAAACACACACACAUACAUACACACACAUUCACACUCAUGCAUACAUACAUACAUACAUGCAUAUACAUACACAUUCACACAUACACACAUACAUGAACACUCACACAUACAUACACACACACACUUACAUACAUACACACACAUACAUACACACACAUUUACACUCAUGCAUACAUACAUACAUACACACACAUACACAUUCACACAUACACACAUACACA